AUGAUUUCCCUGAGUGACCACUGCUGUCAAUGUGAAAAUAUCACUGAAAGCAGGGAAAGAUCAGAGACGAAAUAUUCAGUUCAGAAAGAGAAAUUUAAAGAGUGUUUCAGUGCACACUGUGAAGACUGCAUAUCUUCCUACUGCUGCAGAGGUUCACCUCCAUACUGCUGCUCAUACUACGCCUACAUCAGAAGCAUCUUAUCAGGCACAGCAAUAGCAGGUGUCGUAUUUGGGAUUGUCUUUCUCAUGGGAGUAGUUGCUGGAAUAGCUAUUUGUAUCUGCAUGUGUAUCAAAAACAGUGGGAGCACACGUGUGGGUGUGAUACAGGCAUCUCAUAUCAAUACCGUCAGUCGAUUCACUGUCCCUCCUCCUCCUCCGCCUUACAGUUAUGACUAUGAGAUGGAUUAUCCUGCAGAUCUCCCACCACCUUACACACCCACACCUCAGGCUUCCUUGCAGUACACCCCACCUCCACCAUAUCCAGGAUGUUCAAGGAAAUAA